CAGGAGCUGCCUUUACCUCUCGUCUCUUUUCACGCAGGAGAUCCCGACAGCCGGAGUAACAGCUAAACCCCCCCCGCGCGCAGCCAUGGCAGAAAACGCCGGCUUGGAACACCGCAUCAAGAGCUUUAAAAACAAGGGACGAGAUGUCGAGACUAUGAGAAGACAUCGAAAUGAGGUGACAGUCGAGCUGAGAAAGAACAAACGAGACGAACAUCUACUGAAGAAGAGAAACGUCCCGCAGGAGGAGAGUCUGGAGGACUCUGAUGUCGACUCAGACUUCAAAGGACAAAAUGUUACGCUUGAUGCCAUCCUACAGAACGCUACCAGUGAUAAUGCUGUAAUCCAGCUCAGUGCUGUACAGGCAGCCAGAAAACUGCUCUCGAGUGACAGAAACCCCCCCAUCGACGACUUGAUAAAGUCUGGCAUCCUGCCCAUUUUAGUCAAAUGCCUGGAAAGGGACGACAACCCCUCUCUUCAGUUUGAGGCAGCUUGGGCUCUGACCAACAUCGCGUCCGGGACGUCAGCACAGACUCAGGCUGUGGUUAAAUCCAAUGCAGUGCCCCUGUUCCUGCGACUGCUGCACUCUCCCCACCAGAAUGUUUGUGAACAGGCUGUAUGGGCUUUGGGAAACAUUAUAGGUGAUGGUCCACAGUGCCGGGACUAUGUCAUCUCCCUGGGCGUGGUCAAGCCUCUGCUAUCUUUCAUUAACCCAUCAAUCCCCAUCACCUUCCUCCGCAACGUCACCUGGGUCAUUGUCAACCUCUGCCGCAACAAGGAUCCACCGCCGCCCAUGGAGACUGUGCAAGAGAUAUUGCCAGCCCUCUGUGUGCUAAUAUAUCACACCGAUAUUAAUAUCCUUGUAGACACAGUAUGGGCCCUGUCCUAUUUGACAGACGGCGGCAACGAGCAGAUUCAAAUGGUCAUUGACUCUGGAGUCGUUCCAUUUCUUGUGCCUCUCCUCAGCCAUCAGGAGGUCAAAGUACAGACGGCAGCUCUGAGGGCAGUGGGGAACAUCGUGACAGGGACAGAUGAGCAGACGCAGGUUGUGCUCAACUGUGACGUCCUCUCACACUUCCCCAACCUUCUCACACACCCUAAAGAAAAGAUCAAUAAGGAAGCAGUCUGGUUCCUGUCCAACAUUACAGCUGGGAACCAGCAGCAGGUCCAAGCUGUGAUCGACGCUGGACUCAUUCCUAUGAUUAUUCACCAACUGGCUAAGGGAGACUUUGGCACUCAGAAGGAGGCAGCCUGGGCCAUCAGCAACCUCACCAUCAGCGGGAGAAAAGACCAGGUGGAGUUCCUGGUUGAGCAGAAUGUCAUCCCUCCAUUCUGUUACCUGCUGUCAGUGAAGGACUCGCAGGUGGUGCAGGUUGUCCUGGACGGCCUGAAGAACAUCCUGAUCAUGGCGGGAGACGAAGCGAGCACUAUCGCUGAGAUCAUAGAGGAGUGUGGAGGUUUGGAGAAGAUAGAAAACCUGCAGCAGCAUGAGAAUGAGGAUAUCUACAAACUAGCCUUUGAGAUUAUUGAUCAAUACUUUUCAGGAGAUGAUAUCGAUGAAGAUCCCAGCUUGAUCCCCGACACCACUCAAGGAGGGACAUUCAACUUUGAUCCAGCUUCCAACAUGCAAACAAAAGAGUUUAAUUUCUAAGAAUCCAGGAUGUUCGCUUCAACCAGCUGCACGGGUCACCCUAAGACAUUCAUCCAUCUCUCCUCCAACCUGGCAACCUGGUACAGAAGGAUUUACAAAAACAUCACGUCAACAAAAAAAAAAAAAACUCACCACUGAAGGAUUUACCCACCCCAACCUCUCUGCACUGCGGGGUGUUUUUUUUUUUUUUUUGUUUGUUUUAUUUCUCCAUCCUUCACUGUACACGGUUUAAACCUACAUUGGAAUCCUGGUCAUCCAAUGGGGCACCAUCACCAUCUGGCAACCUACAUCUGGAAGGAUUGUCUGCACUGUCUGCUAGUGCUUCGAAACACAUCACUCAAAAAUACAAACCACAAGGUAGAGAAAGCCUUCAUGGCAACUUAUUGCCAAAUGUCAAAUCUUCAUAGAGACAAAAACACACAAGCACACUUUCAGACACACACACACACACACACACUCGCACUUAGAAUUUGUGUGCAUACUUCUGUUAGAAGUCAUCAUAUCACUUAUGGGGGGAGAAAUACUGCUGUUCGUUUGUGCUUUCUUUUUUGUGCUUUCCCCCCCUCCCCUGGAUCGUCCUCUGGUGUUAACUUCACCUACGUUCACGCACACUGACAAACAAGAACACACAUUGACACACUUUAGUCACACAGAUUCCUGAUGGUCGGGCACCCCCUCCCCCAAAUAACCCUCUUCCAAACCAGUUUAAAGAGUUAAUCCCAGAGCUAAGCCAUGACUAACCACGGACCCCCCCCCCCCACUGCCCUCCCAGAAGAGUCCUGGGGCAGGUGGUAGUGAUGAAAGGGCUCCAAGGCGAAAAGAGGACUCCGUGGCGAACUGACUGACGGGACUUUCGACUCAAUGACGUCACUUUUUUUUUUAACGUGACCUCUGUUGAAUUAUCAAACUUGUUAAUAAGGAAAAAAAAUCAUCAAAAUGUGAAGAAAAUGCCAUAAUUAUUCUUAUUUUUUUUCAAUUCAUGCAACUGUAAGACCUGCUUACUGCAAAGCGACAAAAGCUUCCUUUUUUUUUUCCUACAGAUGUGUGAUUACCUAUCGGGAGGAAUCACCUUUAGGCGCAGAGACUUAGUAGAAGAGGGUCAUGUCAGCUGUAGUGUGUGUCCCCCCCCCACCCCCCCCUGCUUCCCCCACCUACAGGACAUUCAUUUCUGCAGCAUGAGCUCGGUUCACGUCCUCUGAUCCAGCGACCCGUCUGCUCUAGACUCCCCUGUAAUGUGAAGCUUGAAAAAAAAAAGGGGGGGUGGGGGGGGUCAACUUAGUUUUU